CGCACCGCCUUAAAAUAGAUCAUUUCGUAGCACAAAAAGUUAAAAGAGAGAGCCCAAAACUAGGGCGCGGUCCCCCAUUUUCCCAUCUCCCGCUCUCUUUUGGGAAACCAAUCCCUAACCUAACCCUAACCCUAACCCUAACUCAACCCUAACCCUGGUUAUCGACUCCCAAGGCGACCCAUCCGAUCUCUCUCGUUUCCUCCUCUCCUCCUCCUCCUCCACCUCCUCCGCCUUCCUCUUUAAUUUCUGAGCCGUAACUCUAGCCGAUCGCUAACUGUAACCCAGAUCUCCCCCCCCAACAUCUAUCUCCUCCUCUCUCUCCAUUUUUAAGCGAAACACUAGCCGUACUUUUAUCUUGGGCCGAUCAACGGCGCCGUUUUCUCUGGAAUCGCGAGAUCUGGCCGUACCCUCGACGGAAUCCGACGCCAUGGUGGUGAACGGGCGGCCGCUGAAGCGCGCGAAGAGGCGGGUGACCGCAGAUAUGUGCGAUUUUUUGACCUUUCCGGCCGCCGGCGACGGGAUCUGCGAUGGCCUCGACGGGCCAUUCCGCAUGAACGUCCGCGAGUUUCUAGUGCGGCACGCCCGGCUGUCGCCGCCGUCGUCGAUUUUGUUGCCCUCCGCGGUCGCUUCGCCGCAUCUCAUACCCUGGCGGAUCAUGUUCCGGGUGGGUGAUCCGGCGGAGGGUGAGCAGCCGAGAGCUUCCGUCGAACUUGAUGUUGUGGAAGAGGAUGUGCUGCGAUCAAAAUCGAUCUAUUGUGACCACUGUAGAGUCGUUGGGUGGAGCGGUCAUCCCGUUUGUGGAAAGCGUUACCAUUUUAUAAUACGAAAUGAUGGUAAACCACCCACCAGUUGUCGCCAUACUUGUAUCCAUUGUGGAACCUCCUUGCCCUUGCCGGAUACAAGGUGUAUUACAUGCAAAUAUGAGAUGACAGGUGAUGAUCUAGAAGAUUGGCCAUAUGUACAGUUGGAAGAUUCUAGUCAUUUGCUGCAUGCUGUAGUGCAUGCAAAUGGUUAUGGCCACCUUCUCAGAGUUAAUGGUCGAGAAGGUGGUUCAAAAUAUUUAACAGGAUGUGAUAUAAUGGGUUUUUGGGAUCGCAUAUGCACAAUGCUCCAUGUCAGAAAGGUCACCGUUAUGGAUAUAUCCAAAAAGUACGGAAUGGAGUAUCGGCUCCUGCAUGCUGUAACUGCUGGCCAUUCCUGGUAUGCGGGUUGGGGAUACAAAUUUGGUGCCGGCAGCUUCGCCCUGACUGCCGAUGCCUACCACAGAGCUGUGGCAACCCUCUCUAAUGUACCACUGUCUAUCUUCUUCUCUCAUGCACGGUCUACUCGCACCCCAUUACAGAAUAUAAUUGCAUUAUAUCAGUCCAUCUCCGACUGUCAAUUAGUGACCGUGAGGGACCUCUUCUGCUAUGUGAUGCAUCUGCUUCAUGAAGCUCAUGAGCAAGCACAGCCUGAAAAUCUUACGAGGAAGCAUUUGGCUAAAGCUACCGCAGGUGAUUUGUGCGCGCGGACAAGGGAAGAUGUUGAGCAGGCAGAGAAGGCCAUGAUCAAGGUUCUUCGAGCUGUUGGGGGGUUCAAGUGGGUGACUUGGCGUGCUCUUAGAGGAGCCACAUGCCGGGCAAUAGAAUCCCCAGAGCUGCUUGAUUAUUGCCUUAAGGGACUUGGCGGUAAGGUUACUGAUAAUGACAUGGUUGUUGCUGUCCGAUGCAAUGCUGAAACAAGCGCAAUUGAGUACAGGCUUGAGGCAGCUCCAAGGCAGACAAUGGACAAGCCAUACUUUUCCAGACCAAUGGCUGAUCAGCUCCUCCAUGAUCUCAAAUUCUUGUAUGAUGCCAUUCUUAAUCCCACGACCAUGCAAUCUUACAAGCCACAAGCCACAAAUGAUUCUGCCCACAGCUCAGCAUCAAAACUGCUUGACUGCAAGCAAUUCAUAAAGCACUAUGAUGAUCUUGAUUCUAGUUGGUUGCCUUCUAGUCCACUUGUGCUUCGGAUCUGGUGCCAUGUUGAGUUGAUCGACCACCCAAAGGAUUAUACUGCUUCCCCACCAGAACUUCUGAUUCUGCCUAUCUAUGCCACUGUAGCUGACUUAAAGCAACAAGCAACAAGAGCUUUUCAAGAAACAUACCUCAUCUUCCAAAGGUUCCAAGUUGAGCAGUUAAUACUAGACCGUGGAGAUGUUGGAGACUUUACUCUUGUCAAGCAUAUACUUGGUUCAAAUGAAAUUGCCAUUAUCAGAGGAAGGUGUGUUGGAGAUGUCCAAAGGCUGGGUCAAUUCCGAAUGGAGAGAGGAUUAGAGAACUGGAUUGUGGAUUGUGAUUGUGGCGCUAAGGAUGAUGACGGUGAGAGGAUGAUGGCCUGUGAUACCUGUGGGGUCUGGCAGCAUACAAGGUGUACUGGGAUCAGUGAUUAUGACGAAGUACCGGCAAAGUUUGUUUGUAAGAAGUGUAUCUGCAUACGCAAGUCUAAAGGCCGCAGCAGUGGAAGAAUCAAAAGUAACACCUCCAGUGGGAGGUGCAAGGAUGAAAUAGAACCCUCCAUCACUGAGUCAGGCAGAUUUGGUAGCAUGACAACCGUAGGGUGAUAAUUUUGUUAUUGUAAAGUGUUGAUCUGCAUGUACAUAGAGUAGCGUAGUAUGAGAGCUGAUGAUAGUCUCAGCUUUGGCGUGCUUGUAAUAAUUUUUAAUGCCAUGGUUGAAACUUUUUGCUUCUCCUUGAUGCAGAAG